AUGACGAUCGAACUAUCUUUCGGAAAAUACAAAGGUCAAUCCAUUGAGGAUGUAUUCAAGAAUGAUCCUGGAUACUGUCGUUGGAUUCACAACCAACCCAGUCUCAACAUUAGCGAGGAAAUGAAAAUCUUUCUUCACUCAAGAUUCCUAAAUAAUGAUAACUCCUAUAUGAUGACGUGGGGUAAGUAUCGAGGCAAAUCUUUACAACAGAUCAGUAAAUUGGAUCCAGGCUAUCUCGAUUGGCUAAGAAAAAGUCAAUUCGUGAUUGACAAGUGUCCAAAGCUACUCAAGGAACUGAACUAA